AUGCAAGGCGACCCAGACAAUGGGGAGCAUGAUCUUGUCAUUACCGGUGUCACGCGCGAAGAUGCGGGCAGCUUCGAGUGUCAGGUCUCCCCUACUGCCGACCAGCCCCCGCUUCGGCGCUCAACAAAUCUCUCCGUUCUCGGUAAGUUAAUAAACCUUGCUUACGCACAUAGCAUCAGCUUGGAAAGUAGCAGUGGUAAAGAAUAA